UAGUGGAGUCACUGCUUGAACGAUACCAGUUGUACAUAACCUAACAGUUUUCAAUGUUUUUUUAAUGUUCAUAAUCCUUUUAAAUUAAAUAAUAUGUCCAUAAAUAUCAAACUAGCAAAUUUACUGAAAUCGGUUUUUAUCUCACCAUCAAAAGACGUUGCACACCUUCUAGGAGGUGUAAGACACUUUAAAUACGUCGAGAAACCGAAACCUGGUUUCGGAAAAAGUUACAGACGAAUUGUUCACUACCCUGAGAAGUACACAGUGAAACCUUUGGAUGUCACCAACUUGGCAGGACGCGAUCCAGUAAGCGGAAGGCUGGUUUGUAAGGGCAUCGGAGGAGGAAUUAAGCAUAAGUAUCACUGGAUCAAUUGGAAGCGUGAAGGUCCCACUGAAGGGCCUCCACAGCUUGAAAAAGUAAUAAGAGUUAUUGUCGAUGGCUGCCGCACUGCCCAUGUGGCUUUAGUGGCAGUCGGUGAUAAAUUGAAAUAUAUUUUAGCAACUGAGAAUAUGAAACCGGGUGAUAUUAUACGUACUUCCUGCGAGAUACCACGUAUUCCGGUUCGUGCUUAUGAGGGCGAUGCGUACCCAUUGGGUGCGCUGCCUUUGGGCACACAAGUCCACUGCGUGGAAAAGUACCCAGGUUUAGGUGGAUUUUUGGUGCACGCCGCAGGUACAUAUGCCACAAUUAUUCGUAAAGCGCCCAACAACCAUAUUGUCCUCCAAAUGCCGAGCAAGAAGGAAUUUUGUCUACCGCACACCUGUAUGUGUACGGUGGGUAGACUUAGCAACAAGGAGCACGGUUCGACGCCGAUCGGUUCCGCACAACGAAACCGGGAGCUCGGUAACAGGCCUCGAUCUGGAUGGUUUCAAAAGAAGACAGGACGGUUUGGCAGAAAGCUUCGUAGAAUACCGCCACCUAUACUGUUUCCAACUCGUGAUGUAACAUCGCCGGAGGUUGUUGCACUUACCCUUGAUAAAUUUACUCCAUUUACCUGCAACACCUUACGUUAAUGAUUUGUGAAAAUAAAUUAGUCAUCUGUA